AUGAGCAGCAAACAGUGUUCAUCAUGUGGAAACACUAAUGCUUCCGCAGCCAACUUUUGUACACAAUGUGGAAAUAACUUGUCAAGUGUGAAGCCAAUCACUAUUGCACCAACACAGCCAUCUGCACCACGCCCUCUAGUCACAUCAAACUCCAAGGCCAAUGUCAUCAGCUCGUCAUCCACCUCAUUGAGGUCAUUCCUACCACCAUCAGUCCCAACCACCUCCACCUCCACCACAUCAACAACAACAAUGGCACCAAUACCAUCUUACAGACGAACAUCCACCAUCAACACUGCAUCAUCACCAGCACCCACGCCAUCACAUGUGCCACCACCACCCCUCACCAAGAGCGUGAGCAUCGACAACUUUAAAGACAUCAGACUUAGAACCAACAGCAAUGGAAGCAGCAAGAUUGUAAACAGCACCAGCACAUCCUUUGUCCAGCCACAGUCGACAUCGCCUGUGAAGACCCCUCCAGCUGAUCAAUCAGCACCAUCAACAUCAACCACCUCACAGAGCUCGUUCGUCAAGAACAUGAUCAAGUCACGUGAUCAGAUGGACACUAUUGCCCAGCGCGAGAUAUCCCUGCUCAAUGGAUCACUGACCGUUGGCAGACUACCAAACCCAAGACCUUCCACCAACAGCACCACGUUCAACAACCACAACAGCACCAACAAGGUCGUGUUGUCGACUGGCCCCUCGUUCGCCACACUCAGUGCCGCACCACAGCCCAUUGUGUGUCGCGUGGUCGAGGUCAAUGUGGAUGCUGAGCGCGAGAAGGAAGAGGCUCGCGAGAAGGAGAAGGAGCGAGUGAGGGAGUUUGAGCAACAGAGGCAGAGACUCGAGUCCGAGAAAGAGGCUUCGCGUCAGGACCAGUUGAUGAAGGAGGAGGAGCGAAAGAUUGCAUCAGCUGAGGAGAGGAAGCUCAAGAUGACCGAGACAAAGCGCAACCUGGCCCGUGAGGAGUCAGCUGCCAACGUCGACGAGGCUUCAGACGCAGCCAAGGCUGAUAAGAAGAAGUCCAAGAACUUCCUCGGCUUCAUCAGAGGUGGCGACAGCAAGGGCACAGAUGAGGAUGAGCUCAUCAUCUCGGCGCCAGGCAGUGAGCACACUACCAAUGGCAAUGGCAGAACAUCACCUGUCGUUGUCGAGAAAGCCCAGCCCAAUGGUACUGCCGCAGCAGACAGUGCACUCUCGCCACUCAGCAAGUCACAAAAGGCCACAUCAGACAACAACGCUGACGGUGGCGUCUCGCCAGUCUCUCAACCAUCGCCACAGAUGACUUCAACUGACCCAAAGGGCCCCAAUGGUGCACCAGCACUCCCCACACUGCCACAGGCCACAGACCAGCGCAGCCGUGUAAUCACCGAGGUGUUGGUCACCGAGGCAGACUACAUCCGCGACCUUGAGAUCAUGGUGUGGAUGCGCUCAGAGAUGGUCGCGCAAGAGGGCGCCAUGGACGAGAUCAACACGCUGUUCAGCAACGUCACCCAGCUGCUCAUGGUCAACCACGAGCUGUUCAAGCACUUUAGCAAGGUGCCCACGUCUGGCGACUUUGCCGAGUCGAUUGCCAAUGGCUUCAUCUCGAUGGCCGAGUUCCUCAAGACCUACGUCGUCUACUGCAGCAACCAACAAAAGGCUCUCCAAACAUACAACGCUCUCAAGGGCAAGAAUGCCGCCACCAUCACCUCGCUCCUCAACCGCAAGGAGUGUCGCUCACUAGCCUUUGACUCAUUCCUGAUCAAGCCAGUGCAGCGUGUAUGCAAGUAUCCACUUUUGCUCAGAGAAUUGAUCAAGUCCACGCCAAGCACAACACCAGCUUACAAUAUGUUGGUGCAGGCACAGUCAAAGAUUGAGUCGAUUGUAACAAUAGUCAAUGAGAGAAAGCGCGAGUAUGAGGGACAGAUGAAGAUGUACAAUAUCCAGACACGUCUGGUCGAGGGCGGCUGCGACUACAAGAUCCUGGCACCAUCCAGGAAGUUGGUGAAGGAGGGUAACAUCGAGUGUUUUGGCCACGUUGUCCCUGGCAGCACAUCGACACCAGCAUUCAACAAGAAGUCCAAGCCAGGCUACUACUACCUGUUCAAUGACCUGUUCAUCUUUGUACUGGUGUCUGAUCCCGCCGUGCCAACCUCUCCCCUGAAGCUCAAGGCCAGCGUUCCAUUCGACGCUGCGACCGUGCGCGAGGGUGCCGAGCAGCCCAACUCAAUCGAAAUGCGCUACUCAACACAGAGGAUAUGGCUGUUUGCCACGUCGACGCCAGAGGAGAAGCAGGCCCUAUUCACAGAGAUUAGCCAAUUGGUAGAAGCUGGAAGUGGAAGCAAUGGCAGCAGCGACUGA